AGAACGCCGAAGUUGGGCACCGAAGCCCCAAAGUCCCUUUCAGAUUAAUUUUUCUUUGCCUUAAACCCUACAAAAGAACUCCGAAGUUGGGCAGCUUCAUCCUCUUCCUCCGGGCCAAGAGACGGUGGUGGUGGGACCGGAAGACCCUUUGACUACGCCCCAAUGUGAUGAUGAUACUCCAACUACGGUACAAUUUCAUCAUAGAAAAACAAACCGCAGUAAUAAUGAUAAGAAUAAGUCAACAAUCAACUGCGACAGCUAGUUGGAAAACGAGGUGCUCCUAUUCUUAAUCCUAUCCAGGUUUGAAAGUUCUAGGGUAAUCCAUUCAUUCAUUGAAAGAUAAUACCAACACUUAUCAGUUGCAGGAGUUAUUCUUGGCCUAAUUUCCAAGGAAACUUGUGGUAAAGAAGCAAACAAUGUCCUUAGUGAGAUCAUCCACGACAUAUGGAAGCCAUAAAAUGUAUUUGUCGAAUAGUCACGGUGACAACUCCUCCGGCUUAUCCAUAUUCAACUCAGACAAACAUGGAAUAACAUCAUAUGCAGCAUCCGAAUCUUGCAGCAGCGAAAGUUAUGAUGCAAACUACUUCUUUAGUUCCCCAUCCACGUCAUCUGAUAUUCUUGACCCACUGAAAUGCAAUAACUCCUUUCAGAUUAAUUUCAAUAGUUCAGAGUACAUAGCUAACCAAAGUCCCAUUCCACUAGACUUUGAUGAAGGUAAUGUGAAACUGAAGCUUCAAGAACUGGAAAGAGCACUUCUUGACGACAAUGGCGAUGAUGAUGAGUUUACUCGGACUAGUAUUGAAGUUGAGAGCUUGGUGCAAAAGGAAUCUCCUGAGGAAUCUUUAUCAUCAGAUUCUGAGGUCAGCAUCAUCAACAGCAGCAAUAGGGGGGACAAUAGACCAUUAAUAACUCCUAGGAAGAUGCUCUUCACUUGUGCUUAUGCGAUACAAGAGGGAAAUAUAGAAAAAGCGUCAGCGAUGAUAAAUGAGCUCAGGCAGAUGGUAUCCAUCCAGGGAGAACCUUCAGGAAGAAUUGCUGCCUACAUGGUAGAAGCUCUGGCAGCGCGUAUCGAUUCAUCCGGAAAAGGUCUCUACAAAGCCCUGAAAUGUAAAUCACCUCCUUCUAAUGACCGGCUUUCCGCCAUGCAAGUCCUCUUUGAGGUCUGCCCGUGCUUUAGAUUUGGGUUUAUGGCGGCAAACGGUGCAAUUCUGGAGGCAUUGGCUGGCGAAAGAAGAGUCCAUAUUAUAGACUUUGACAUCAACCAAGGAAGUCAGUACUACACAUUGUUGCAAACACUUGCCGGCAUGAGAAAGACGCCUCAUCUAAAGUUGACCGGGGUUGACCACCCUGAAUCAGUUCAGCGGGCCAAUGGCGGUCUCCGUCUUAUCGGACUGAGGCUUGAAAAGCUGGCUGAAGAUCUGAAUAUCCCAUUCGAGUUCCAGGCCGUGCCAUCCCAAUCAACAUUAGUCGCCCCCGCCACACUGGGCUGCCAGCCUGGCGAAGCAGUCAUAGUGAACUUUGCGUUUCAGCUACAUCACAUGCCAGAUGAGAGUGUGUCGAUGGUGAACGAGCGGGACCGGCUGUUGAGGAUGGUGAAGGGCUUGAACCCGAAGGUAGUGACUGUUGUCGAGCAAGAUGUGAACACGAAUACUUCCCCUUUUCUUCCCAGAUUUGCAGAGGCAUAUGACUAUUACUCUGCUGUAUUUGAAUCACUUGAUGCAACUCUUCCAAGGGACAGCCAGGAGAGGAUGAAUGUGGAAAGGCAUUGCCUGGCACGUGACAUUAUCAACAUCGUUGCAUGUGAAGGCGAGGAAAGAAUAGAGCGGUAUGAGGUGGCUGGGAAAUGGAGGGCCAGGAUGAUGAUGGCCGGGUUCAGGACAUGCCCUAUCAGCAGAAACGUAAAUGAUUCGAUUAGAAAGCUUAUUAAGCAGUACAGCGAGAGGUACAAGGUAAGGGAAGAUUCAGGGGCACUGCAUUUUGGAUGGGAAGACAAGAUCUUGAUUGUUUCUUCUGCAUGGAGGUAAAAGCACAUAACUUGUGUCUCCCAAAUGAAAAUAUCAUGUGAUCGGAAGCUACUAAUCCGUCUGACUUAACAAUUAAAAACGGAAUGCUGUGUAUGACUUUUAUAUGUACAUAUGUAACGUUGUUUGAGAUACUUGGUAUUUAGGUAAUGUUGUUGUGCUAAUUUAGUGUCUUUAGAAAAUGCUAGGAUAGCAAAAGGCUUACUUUUGUGAAAUUUUCCUUGUGCUGGUUGUGCUAUCUUAAUUCCCUUGUAAUUUAGGCUCCGUUCAAUUGGACUAGAAUUUUCUGGUCAUGUAUGGUUAAAGUUGUCAAUUUUAAGUCCUUUAUAGUUCAUUCUG